AUGUUGAGAGUAAUUUUGGUCUCAGUAAUGAUGGUUCUUGCUAUGAGCCCUUCCUGCUGUGCUCUUGAUAAAAUUGAGCUAGGAAUUAUUGGUUUAUUUCCUAAAAGUGACCCUGAAAGCAAAUUAGCAGCAGAGAUGGCAGUCCAAGAUAUUAAUAAUGAUCUGUCCAUGCUGCCAAUGGUUACAUUCUUCCUUACACCUAUCGAAGCUUAUAAAGAAUCUGCAUUAACUUACGAUAGCUAUAAGAUGGUAAAAAUGAAGUCAAUCUAUCUUGGAAUAGAUAAUGAUAAAUUGAGAAAUAGAGCUUGGGUAAUGGAAAAAAUCUAUAAGUGGUUUAAUAGGAAGUCUAACUUAGAAAUAACUUCAUCUUGUCAACUAUCAUCAUUUUUAUGA